AUGGGCUGGGACACGAAGCUCCAAGCGCUCUUCACAAACGAAGAGGUCUGGGACGUCGAUGACAGCGACGACAGCAUCAUUCGCGAGCUCUCCAAGGCGGUCGACCAAGGCGUCGACGUCAUUGGCGUCACGGACGAGGCGCUCAAUACCUUUACACACCUCGCUGCGCUCUGGGAUCGCCCGCGGGUGCUGGAAUUUCUCAUUCGCCAAGGCGCCGAGCUCAACGCGACCAACAAGGUCGGGCACACGCCCGCGGAUUUGGCCAUGCAUUGGGGCAACGCCGACUUGGCGAUCCAGCUCAAGCACUACGGCGGCAAGCACAGCUGCGAGCAAGAGCGGGACCUCGCGAUCACGCAGCGCGACAUUGCCGCGAGCCAAGUCGCCGACGCCAAAAGCAAAAUGGAAAAGGCGCUCACCGAAGCGCUCGCCUUGUCGAAGGAGCGCGAGUGCCUUCGCAUCGAGCGCGAUCGGCUGGUCGUUGAGAUGGACGAGCUCUCGCACGACGCGACCCAAGUGCGCGCCGACUGCGUCACGUACCGCGCGCUGUUUGAAACGCAGGAGGCGCAAAUGAGCGCGCUCACGCUCGAGCUCGAGAAGGUCCGGUCGCAAAUGAGCGCCGAGGCCAAAGCCAAAACGAACGCGCUCGAAGGCUGGACCAAGGCCGAGGCGCAUGCGAAGGAGAUGCAGCGCAUGCGCGAGAUCGCCAUGCAGUGCGAAGAAGAGGCCGUCAAGAUGCGCGACGAAGCGAUGGCCGAGCGCGACGCGGCCCGCGAACUCAUGAAGCAAGCGCAGACGGACCAUGUCGUCGCCGUGACCGUGCAAAAGCAGGCCGCGCUCGAGCGCGCGUUGGCCAUCAAGGAGAAGAACGAGGCGCUCGCGACGAUCCAGUUGCAGCUUGCCGAGUGGUCCGCCAAAGUCAAAGCCGCCGAAGACGACCGCGCCAUGAUCCAAGUCGAAAUCAACCGGCAAAAGGCGAGCUUGGAGGCGCGCUGCAAGGCGCUCGAGAAGGAGAUCGCGCGUGUCAACCUCCUCAACACGAUUCUCGAAGGCCAGCUGCGGGAUGCAACCACGAAGCUCUCGACCGCCGAGACCACGGCCGAGUCGUCGAUCGUGGCGAUGGAAAAGUCCACGCGCAAGGCCAAGCGCCUCGAGAACGAGAUCAAGGAGCUCAUGGAGGCGCGCGUUGAAGAGAAGCGGCUGUGGCGCUUCAAGGAGGCGCAGGCGCUCCACGAAGAGUCCCAAGCCAACAUGCAGUUGCUGCUGAAAGCUGCCUUGCGGCUCUGGAAGAAGCUCAGCGACUUGGAGUGGAUCUUUGAUUUCGUGACGCACCCGAACGAGAGUCUCCUCGUCGAGCCCGAGACGACGCCCAAGCCGCUGCUGCGUCGCCCGAGCACAACCAAAGAAACACUGCAUCGCAUGUCGGCGCCGACGCUGUCACCGCUACCGGCGCUCGCACCGAUUGAAACCAAAGUUUCGGCCAAGUUUACAGAAAAACUCCACUCGAUUCAAGCCAAGGUGGUCGAGUGGACCAAAUGGUGCGUGAGCAGCUUGGACGACAGCGUGCGCUGGGACAAGGCGCUCUUGGCGCAGUCGACGCAAAACAUCGACUGCCUCCUCACGGUCGCCGACGGCCUCUUUGACUUUCUAGCGGUUGCGAUGAAGGACAAGUGCGGCGAAUUUCGAAAGCACUUGGAGAUCCAAGCCAAGGCCGUCGAGCGGAAGGACAUGCUUCUCAAGCGCUUUACCCAGCACCGCGAGGAGCACGUCAAGAAGACGCGCGCACUGCAUUUUCGCGAGUGCUCGCACGGUCCCUGCUAA